UUCGCAAUUAUUCAAUCUCUGAUGCAAAGCUUAAUGACCUUUGCCAUCGCUUGAAGAAGUUGUAUUUCUUAAUGACCCCACAUGAAGAGGCGGUGACAGUCAAUGGAACGGAAUGCCACAUCGAGGCUCAUUAUAGGACGCCUUACACGUGGUUCAAUCGCCUGCCUUCAUCUCAUGCUCAACCUAAUCAGAGGAGCGAAGAGGUGAGUUCGAUAUAUCUGCGCAUGCGCCAACUAAUCGAUGGCAGAAACCAUUUCUUCCUCGAGAAGAUUCACAAUGGAAAAGAAGUGCUAAUUCGGAAAGGACGUGAUUUGUUAACAUUAAAAUACAUUGUACCUUCUCUCUACAACGCGUUUCACCAGAAUUAUGGCUUUUUGUUUUUUUAUGGAACCAUGAAACAGUCUAAAGGCCACUGCAAUUUCGACAAGAAAAGAUCUCCAACCGUUCAGCUUUUCGAUUAUUUCAAUCUGGAUUUCUUUACUUCACAUAACGAAACUGAUACGUCAGACGGCGUAAUUAAUGUUCCAGAAUCCUCUAACAUGGACCUGAAUAUUGACAUAAAACUUCACUCACCGUUAAGACUCGCACCAAUAAGAUUUUCUGAUAACUCCUUAACAUAUAUUUCGACGUACGAUGUAGGCGUUAACGGUUAUCGCCAGAUUCGCUUCAGGUGAAUCAUGGAACAAAAUUCCUUUUGACAAUUUCUAUAAAUUGCUCUGCGUCACUUGCAAACGGCCUAACUUCUACGUUUCAACAUUUUACGAGGUGCAAUCAGAAAGUUUCAAGACUGCACCUAUAAAAACCCGUACACUUAUCUCAGGUAUUAAAUUCAUCCA